ACAACCUAACACAAACACAAACACAAACUGCUAUUUACCAAUUUUGUGAUGUGAAAACUCUGUAUUUCAAUGGAGAAUUCACCAGCAAACUUGAGCAUAUACAAAGCUUCAAGAACCAUAAAAAGAAGAGAGAAUACUCUAUACAAUGCCUUAAGAUCAAUAUACGAAGAUUCUGUAUUCGUUGGUGAGAUUUCUCAGCUAUGGCCUGAGCUUCCGCUGUUGGCAAAUCUCCGUUGCGGUCUUUGGUACUAUAAAAAAUUCCACUCGACUUGCUAUUUCAAGUCGACUGACGGACAUACCAACAACUGGUCUUUCAAUACUUCUCGACUUAAUCUCCAUGUUGCUCUCCUUGCCGAAAACGUCUAUUGUGGUCUUUGCUACCAUCAAAAAUUCCACUCAACGUGCUAUUUCAAGUCGACUAAUGGACACACCAAUAAAUGGUCUUUCAAUACUUUUGGGCUUAACCUCCCUGGUGCCCUCCUUGCUGGACAGAAGGGAGGUUGUAUGAUUGUUGAUUCAACGAGGAAAGGGAAGAGGUUUCCGGAUAGUAUGUCAAAGACAAUACCUAUUUGGACCUGUGUAUUGAAUCGUGCCAUUUGGAACUACAGAGUGAAAUUUGGCUCGACUAGAAGUGCAGAAAAAAAUGAGUCAAAUGAUUCCAUUGAAUGUGGUAAUACUAAUAAUGAGGACUCAUAUAACUGGGAUUGUUCCUUGCAUCUCCCUUUAUGGGUCUCGAAUACUGAACGAGCGCUUGUCGAUGAGCGUUUAGACGGAUGGACCGAGGAUUUGGAGGCGAGUGGUGCUGAUAUUGCCUCCAUUGCUUUGUCGCUGAAGAAACCACUACGUCCAUUAUGGAUUUCACAAAAAACUGUGAUCUGGUUAAAUGAAGUACCCGAUUGUGAUUCGUGGGAUUUCACUCCAAUAAUACUUGUUUCUACGUCCUCCCCAAGUAGCAAUUUUCAGCAAAGAACAACCUCGGAAUUUAGUUGGAGGUACAUAGCUGGAGCUGGAGACGACGAGGAAAGUUGGGCAAGAGGUCUGUCACCAAAUCUUUUCUGGAGACAUGCUUAUGAUCUCAUAAGUUCGGGUCCCGAUACGUGUAAUAAGAAGGUAGCUGAUAUUAUCGAAAAGGAUAGGGUGUACCGUGCACAACGGGGAGAAAAUGCUCCUCAAAUAUCUAUUAAGCCUUCGAAAUCUUCUGGAAGUAGCGGCCAUUUUCCUGUUCGAGAACAACUAGACCUGGAGCGUCUACGUAUGAACAUAGAUGAGAAGUCUUAUGAUAAUGAUUCCAUAUCUUGGCUGGGGGAAACGAAUUUAGUAGUUGGCACAACUCAGCUUGCUAAGGAUGCAUCUGGUGUUGAUUGUGUGUUGAAUUGUGAUUCGGAGACUAAUUCUCCUUAUCUCGAGGAGUUUGAAGCCCAUCUAAAUCUGUCGAUUGUGAGUUCGAAGUUUGAUCGGUCUUGUUUAUUAAGAAAUCUUCCUUCCGCGGUGAAUUUUGCAAAGAACAACUUGAGAAAAGGGAAGACUCUCCUAGUUUGCUGCAGUAGUGGUGAAGAUAUUAGCAUCUGUGUGUGUUUAGCUAUCUUGACGUCAUUAUUUGACGACAGAGGGCGCUUUGAUGAAGGGAGAUUUUUUAGCGAGACACGAAUCACUAAGUUGGAGUUGAGGCGAAGAUUGGUAUUCAUCUGUCAAUUUGCUGUGAGUGCUCGCCCGUCAAGAGGGAAUGUCAAGCAGGUCUUUAAUUAUCUCUGUGGAGAAAAUGUCGCGACAACUUCUUGAGGGAAGGAGAGCAGUAAUGUCGUAUUAUCCAUCCGAAGCAGUAGCAGGACUUCAAUGUCUACGCGUCAAGGUAUCAGAGGUUGAUAUGCGUUGAAUGAGAGCCCCAGUUGAACGUUUUAUAACUACACGAGCCUCAAAUGCGCAGGUGCAUCUCUUUCGAUACUGAACUCCUAAAGUAUAUUUCAUGUAAAACGAUUUUCGUUCGUUGUUCUGCAUGCGAAGAAUUGACUGAGGAUACACGUGCAAUGGACAUACAUAGAUAUUGGUAGAGGUAAAAGCAUAUUCAUUGAAGCUUUUAGAACUCUAAGUGGACUUCGUUUUUGCUAUGCACUGUGUUUGGGGAAGGUAAAGAUGACAAGGGUCUAUUGUGUGCAAUCUUAGCUUAGCUUGCAUUUCUGUAAGAGUCUGUUUUCACAACUCAAACCCGUGACUUUCUGGUCACGUGAUAAUAAUUUUACUAGU